AAGAAAUCUGAGGAGCUCAUCGACGCAUCGUGUCUGAAUUGGAAAUCUGAAUCUCAACUCAUCCCUAAAACCCUUGUUGGUUAAACCCUAGAAAACUCUGGUUUCCGCCACAAAGAAACUCCUAGAGGGAAAUCGGAGAUCGGAAGAGCAUUAGUAGCAGGUUUAAUUCGUUCAAUUCGCGAUGAGGAGAGUUCACGGGCUCGCCACCUAUGGCCGCAGCAUUGCCGCCGGAUCAAGCACAUCCUUGGCCACUGUCGCCGCCGCCAUGCCGAACCUUCUGGUUCGAUCCGCGAUGCUCAGCACUACUUCCUCUGGAUCAGGUCCGCAGUUCCUCUCUCGGAGAAUGGCUGAUUAUUUUGGUCUCUCGGGGACUUCUGUCGCCGCUGGAGUAGUCGGGACGAUGUUCUUCUCCGUUGCGGCUUCAUCUGUGGCGCAGGAGGUUCACGCCAAGGAGUUGCCCAAGUUUUCACCCAAGGACGUUGUUCUGUAUCAGUAUGAGGCUUGCCCUUUCUGCAACAAGGUUAAAGCAUUCUUGGACUACUACAGCAUUCCAUACAAGGUGGUGGAAGUUAACCCGAUGAGCAAAAAGGAGAUCAAGUGGUCUGAGUACAAGAAGGUGCCGAUACUUACUAUUGAUGGGGAACAAAUGGUUGACUCUUCAGAGAUAAUUACUGAUUUGUUUAAGAGAACUCAUCCAGAGGGGACCUGUGCAGAUGCUGAGGAAGAAGCAAAGUGGCGAAAAUGGGUGGAUGGUCACUUGGUGCAUGUUCUGUCACCAAAUAUUUACAGAAAUGCUUCUGAGGCUCUAGAGUCAUUUGACUACAUUACCAGUCACGGAAAUUUCAGUUUCACAGAGAGGCUUGUAGCAAAAUAUGCUGGUGCAACCGCAAUGUACUUCGUGUCAAAGAAGCUGAAGAAGAAGUAUAAUAUCACUGAUGAACGUGCAUCCUUGUAUGAAGCUGCCGAAACAUGGGUGGACGCUCUCAAGGGCCGUGACUAUCUCGGUGGCUCACGUCCUAAUCUGGCUGAUCUCGCCGUUUUUGGUGUCCUGAGGCCGAUUAGAUACCUGAAGUCCGGCAAAGAUAUGGUCGAGCAUACUCGCAUUGGGGAAUGGUACACAAGGAUGGAGGGGGCCGUUGGUGAGCCUAUGAGAAUCAAUGCAUGAUAUCAUCAAAUUGAGGUGAAGAGCUCAGUUUAUACAAACACUAACUUAUAUGGUUCAGGAAAAAAGAGAUCAAGCCUUCGAUAGAAUAACUUCCUCAGAACUCAUUUCGCUCUCUGUUAAGAAAACGACUGUAGAUGUCGACAAGCUCUGCUUGUGAUUUAAGCUUCAUUCUUGCUACUGAACUUCCUUUCUGGUUUUGUUGAGAUUUUUACAAUUACCAUAUCUUUCUUCUUUCUUUUGCUGAUCCCACAUGUGAUUUGAAUAGCCAUAUGCCCGUGUUUAUGCUAUACUCUUCUGGUCUCGUGAGUGAAUAAAGGGUUUCCAGUUUUCUGCCC